UUCGAAGCGACGCGCUGCAUUGUGGGACGGCAGCGGCGGAGGCCUUGACAGACAGCAGCGCUUCUGAGUGUUUGACACACGCGAGGUGAUCUUGUUAUUUGGCUGAUAUCGGUGAGUGAUGCGGCAGGAGGACCUGAUGAGCGCGGCGGAGGACACGGCGGAUCAGUUCCUGCGGGUCACUAAGCAGUAUCUGCCUCACGUCGCUCGCCUGUGUCUCAUCAGCACCUUCCUGGAGGACGGCAUCCGCAUGUGGUUCCAGUGGAGCGAGCAGAGAGACUACAUCGAGGCCACCUGGAGCUGCGGGUACUUCCUCGCCGCCGGCUUCGUGCUGCUCAACCUCAUCGGACAGAUCGGUGGAUGUGUCCUGGUCCUCAGCAGAAACGGUGUGCAGUACGCUUGCUUCGGGUUGUUCGGCAUUAUUGCACUUCAGACAGUCGCAUACAGUAUUCUGUGGGAUCUCAAGUUUUUCAUGAGGAACCUGGCUCUAGGUGGAGGACUGCUGCUGCUGCUGGCCGAGUCUCGCUCUGAAGGGAAGAGCAUGUUUGCCGGCGUGCCGUCGAUGGGCCAGAGCUCUCCGAAGCAGUACAUGCAGCUGGGAGGACGUGUGCUUCUGGUGCUCAUGUUCAUGACACUGCUGCAGUUCGACUCCAGCUUCUUCUCUAUCCUGCAGAACAUGGUGGGGACGGCGCUCAUCGUCCUGGUGGCCGUGGGCUUCAAGACUAAACUAGCCGCUCUGACGCUGGUGCUGUGGCUCCUGGCCAUCAACGUCUACUUCAACGCCUUCUGGACGGUGCCUUCCUACAAACCCAUGCACGACUACCUCAAAUACGACUUCUUCCAAACCCUGUCGGUCAUCGGAGGCCUGCUGCUGGUGGUGGCGCUCGGCCCCGGUGGCGUGUCGAUGGACGAGAAGAAGAAGGAGUGGUGAGGAGACGUUCACG